AUGGCUCCUAGUCUGAGCAUGACGCACAUUGGCACAGCCACAGCCAUCCUCCAUCUCAACGGCGUCAACUUCAUCACGGAUCCAUUUUUCUCACCUGCUGGUUCCUCUAUGGCUAUUACAUCAAAGCUAUCAUUGACCGUCUCUGAUGAUCCUGGACUGCGACUUGACCAACUUCCUAUCAUCGACGCGGUACUACUCAGUCACGAGGACCAUUGGGACAAUCUCGACGAUCUUGGUCGACGCCUCUUGGAUGGUCGUCGUGUCUUCACCACUGUAGACGGUGCAAAUAAUCUUGCCCCUCGGCCAUCUGUCCAUGGUAUGAAGCCGUGGGAAGAAAUCCAAAGCACGAUCGCUGGCCAGAAGUUCCGAAUCAUAGCAACUCCAACUCAGCACGCCCGCGGUCAGGAAUGCACUGGUUUCAUUGUCACUUCAGAGACGAUGGGGCAGCACAAAGAUGGCCUACCCAAUGCAAUCUACUUCUCGGGAGAUACCGUCUACUUGAAAGAAUUGAAGCAGAUUGGAGAUCGAUUCCACAUCUGCGCGGCUAUCCUGAACUUGGGCAAUGCUCACGUGCCCGAGAAUUACGAAGAGCCGGAGUCUGGUGGUGCCUACCAGGUUACGAUGGAUGGGAAGCAAGCCGCGCUCCUGAGUCGAGAUAUCAAGGCUGAUGUUAUUGUACCUAUGCACUAUGAGUCGUGGGGGCAUUUUACGCAGUUUGGAGAUGAGCUCCGUCAAGCUUUUGAGGCCGAGGGCGUUAGUGAUAAGGUCUGCUGGCUUAAGCUAGGAAAGGAGGUUCAAGUACUUUGA